AUGUAUGGAGAUGUCGGCAACAAACUGGUGCAACAUGCAAAAAGAACCCAGGCACUUCCUCAGCUCCCGGCCUACCAGACUGAGCUCGUCCGUACCGUAGUGCGUGAAGUCCGCGAGCUCAACCGAGAAGUCAACUCCCUACUCGAGCCCUUUGGCUCUUCUUUCAACCCAUCUCAAGACCCAGCAACCGCAUGCGCUCUUCUCGUCAACCACCUGAGCAUGCGUCGCAACAAACGCUGUCUCUUGGCCUAUCACCGCGUACGCACCGACAAGCUAGAAGACAUGUGCUGGAGAGGCAUCGAUGUCAUUGGAGCUGAUCAGACAACCGCCGAGCCCCAAGCCAUGAAUGCCGAGGAUACCAAGAGCAGUCUCAGUCCUGAGGAAGAAGAAUACGUUCGCCUGUAUAGCGAUCUUCUGGCCGCAUACAAAGGUCAAUGGACCGACAUCGAUUUGACUGGCAGCUUGGAACCACCGACCGAUCUCUUCAUCGACGUUCGCGUAUUGAAAGACGCUGGUGAGAUCCAAACGGAAUACGGAGCCAUCGAUCUCACCAAAAACAGUCAAUUCUACGUCCGUCAGGGAGACGUCGAGCGUCUGAUUCAGCAGGGCUAUCUGCAAAAGCUCAGUUAA